GCGACCCCUCCCUCCUGUCCUCCUUGCGGUCGACCGGUGCGCUUGCCAGAUCCGCCGCGGAGCCGGGAUCGAAGGCCACAGCGCGGCCAAGGGGGCGCGGCCGGGACAAGCUGGGAGCCGGUUGCCCGGAGCAGGGACGGCGGCGACCCGGCCGCUGGAGAGGCGGGAAGAUAGACCCACGGAUUUUAGGAGGGGAUCCGAGAGCGCAGCUGUGAAACUGGCUGGGGCUGGGGGCACGAAACCGAUCAGCACUACGGAGCGCAGCGGCCGGCGGGUUCCAGUGUCCUCCGGCGGCGCCGGGAGCAGGUGAACAGGUCCUCACGCCCAGCUCCGCGCCCUCACGCGCUCUCGCCGGGACCCCGCUCCCGCUCGCAGCCAUGGGCCCCCGCCCCAGCCGCGCGCCCCGCGCCCCACGCCUGAUGCUCUAUGCGCUCGCCUUGAUGGUGGCGGCCGGCGACUGCGUCGUCUCCGCCUUCAACCUGGAUACCCGAUUCCUGAUAGUGAAGGAGGCCGGGAACCCGGGCAGCCUCUUCGGCUACUCGGUCGCCCUCCAUCGGCAGACAGAGCGGCAGCAGCGCUACCUGCUCCUGGCUGGUGCCCCCCGGGAGCUCGCUGUGCCCGAUGGCUACACCAACCGGACUGGUGCUGUGUACCUGUGCCCACUCACUGCCCACAAGGACGACUGUGAGCGGAUGAACAUCACAGUGAAAAGUGACCCUGGCCAUCACAUUAUUGAGGACAUGUGGCUUGGAGUGACUGUGGCCAGCCAGGGCCCUGCAGGCAGAGUUCUGGUCUGUGCCCACCGCUACACCCAGGUGCUGUGGUCGGGGUCAGAAGACCAGCGGCGCAUGGUGGGCAAGUGCUACGUGCGAGGCAAUGACCUAGAGCUGGACUCCAGUGAUGACUGGCAGACCUACCACAACGAGAUGUGCAACAGCAACACAGACUACCUGGAGACGGGCAUGUGCCAGCUGGGCACCAGCGGUGGCUUCACCCAGAACACUGUGUACUUCGGCGCCCCCGGUGCCUACAAUUGGAAAGGAAACAGCUACAUGAUUCAGCGCAAGGAGUGGGACUUAUCUGAGUAUAGUUACAAGGACCCAGAGGACCAAGGAAACCUCUAUAUUGGGUACACGGUGCAGGUAGGCAUCGCCAUCCUGCACCCCAAAAACAUCACCAUCGUGACAGGUGCCCCACGGCACCGACAUAUGGGCGCAGUGUUCUUGCUGAGCCAGGAGGCAGGUGGAGACCUGCGGAGGAGGCAGGUGCUGGAGGGCUCGCAGGUGGGCGCCUAUUUUGGCAGCGCCAUUGCCCUGGCAGACCUGAACAACGAUGGGUGGCAGGACCUCCUGGUGGGCGCCCCCUACUACUUUGAGAGGAAAGAGGAAGUAGGGGGUGCCGUCUAUGUCUUCAUGAACCAGGCGGGAACCUCCUUCCCUGCUCACCCCUCGCUCCUUCUUCAUGGCCCCAGUGGCUCUGCCUUCGGCUUAUCUGUGGCCAGCAUUGGUGACAUCAACCAGGAUGGAUUUCAGGAUAUUGCCGUGGGAGCUCCGUUUGAAGGCUUGGGCAAAGUGUACAUCUAUCACAGUAGCUCUAAGGGGCUCCUCAGACAGCCCCAGCAGGUAAUCCACGGAGAGAAGCUGGGACUGCCUGGCUUGGCCACCUUCGGCUAUUCCCUCAGUGGGCAGAUGGAUGUAGAUGACAACUUCUACCCAGACCUUCUAGUGGGAAGCCUGUCAGACCACAUUGUGCUGCUGCGGGCCCGGCCCGUCAUUAACAUCGUCCACAAGACCUUGGUGGCCAGGCCAGCUGUGCUGGACCCCGCACUUUGCACGGCCACCUCUUGUGUGCAAGUGGAGCUGUGCUUUGCUUACAACCAGAGUGCCGGGAACCCCAACUACAGGCGAAACAUCACCCUGGCCUACACUCUGGAGGCUGACAGGGACCGCCGCCCGCCCCGGCUCCGCUUUGCCGGCAGUGAGUCCGCUGUCUUCCACGGCUUCUUCUCCAUGCCCGAGAUGCGCUGCCAGAAGCUGGAGCUGCUCCUGAUGGACAACCUCCGUGACAAACUCCGCCCCAUCAUCAUCUCCAUGAACUACUCUUUACCUUUGCGGAUGCCCGAUCGCCCCCGGCUGGGGCUUCGGUCCCUGGACGCCUACCCGAUCCUCAACCAGGCACAGGCUCUGGAGAACCACACUGAGGUCCAGUUCCAGAAGGAGUGCGGGCCUGACAACAAGUGUGAGAGCAACUUGCAGAUGCGGGCAGCCUUCGUGUCAGAGCAGCAGCAGAAGCUGAGCAGGCUCCAGUACAGCAGAGACGUCCGGAAACUGCUCCUGAGCAUCAACGUGACGAACACCCGGACCUCGGAGCGCUCCGGGGAGGACGCCCACGAAGCGCUGCUCACCCUGGUGGUGCCUCCCGCCCUGCUGCUGUCCUCAGUGCGCCCCCCUGGGGCCUGCCAAGCUAAUGAGACCAUCUUUUGCGAGCUGGGGAACCCCUUCAAACAGAACCAGAGGAUGGAGUUGCUCAUCGCCUUCGAGGUCAUCGGGGUGACCCUGCACACAAGGGAACUUCAGGUGCAGCUGCAGCUCUCCACGUCGAGUCACCAGGACAAUCUGUGGCCCAUGACCCUCACUCUGCUGGUGGACUAUACACUCCAGACCUCGCUUAGCAUGGUAAAUCACCGGCUACAAAGCUUCUUUGGGGGGACAGUGAUGGGCGAGUCUGGCAUGAAAACUGUGCAGGAUGUAGGAAGCUCCCUCAAGUAUGAAUUCCAGGUGGGCCCAAUGGGGGAGGGGCUGGUAGGCCUGGGGACCCUGGUCCUAGGUCUGGAGUGGCCCUACGAAGUCAGCAAUGGCAAGUGGCUGCUGUAUCCCACGGAGAUCACCGUCCAUGGCAAUGGGUCCUGGCCCUGCCGACCACCUGGAGACCUUAUCAACCCUCUCAACCUCACUCUUUCUGACUCUGGGGACAGGCCGUCAUCCCCACAGCGCAGGCGGCGACAGCUGGAUCCAGGGGGAGGCCAGGGCCCCCCACCUGUCACUCUGGCUGCUGCCAAAAAAGCCAAGUCUGAGACUGUGCUGACCUGUGCCACCGGGCGCGCCCACUGUGUGUGGCUGGAGUGCCCCAUCCCUGAUGCCCCCAUUGUCACCAAUGUGACUGUGAAGGCACGAGUGUGGAACAGCACCUUCAUCGAGGAUUACGGAGACUUUGACCGAGUCCGGGUAAAUGGCUGGGCUACCCUAUUCCUCCGAACCAGCAUCCCCACCAUCAACAUGGAGAACAAGACCACGUGGUUCUCCGUGGACAUUGACUCGGAGCUGGUGGAGGAGCUGCCAGCCGAGAUCGAGCUGUGGCUGGUGCUGGUGGCCGUGGGUGCAGGGCUGCUGCUGCUGGGGCUGAUCAUCCUCCUGCUGUGGAAGUGUGACUUCUUUAAGCGGACCCGCUAUUAUCAGAUCAUGCCGAAGUACCACGCGGUGCGGAUCCGGGAGGAGGAGCGCUACCCACCUCCAGGGAGCACCCUGCCCACCAAGAAGCACUGGGUGACCAGCUGGCAGACUCGGGACCGAUACUACUGACGUCCUUCCUGAUCCCACCCCCUCCUCCCCCAGUGUCCCCUUUCUUCCUAUUUAUCAUAAGUUAUGCCUCUGACAGUCCACAGGGGCCACCGCCUUUGGCUGGCAGCAGCAGGCUCAGGCACAUACACCUCGUCAAGAGCAUGCACAUGCUGUCUGGCCCUGGGGAUCUUCCCACAGGAGGGCCAGCGCUGUGGACCUUACAACGCUGAGCGCACUGCGGUCCUGUGCCCUAGACGCACGUGGGGCCCACUGCUCAUGGACUGUGCUGGCGCAUCAUGGAUGGUGCAUGGGUUCGCCGUGUCUCAGCCUCUGCCUGCGCCAAAACAAGCCAAAGAGCAUCCUGCCAGAGCAGGGAGAAAAAGGCCCCUGCAAUGUAUUGACACCUCCCCCUUUCACACUGGAUCCAUCUUGAGCCACAGUCACUGGAUUGACUUUGCUGUCAAAACUACUGACAGGGAGCAGCCCCCUGGGCCCCUGGCUGGUGGGCCGCCAUUGACACCCAUGCCAGAGAGCUGGGGGUCCUGCCUAAGGUUGUCCAUGGGGGCACUUGGAGGACCUGGCGUGCUCAGACCCAACAGCAAAGGAACUAGAAAGAAGGUCCCAGAACGGCUUUCUUUCCUGCAUCUCUGUGAAGCCUCUCUCCUUGGCCACAGACUGAACUCGCGGGGAGUGCAGCGGGAAGGAACAAAGACAGGCAAACGGCAAGGUAGCCUGGGCUCACUGUGCUGGGGCACGGCGGGAUCCUCCACAGAGAGGAGGGGCCAAUUCUGGACAGACAGAUGUUGGGAGGAUACAGAGGAGAUGCCACUUCUGACUCACCACUACCAGCCAGCCUCAGAAGGCCCCAGAGAGACCCUACAAGACCACAGAGGGAGCGACACUUGAAUGUAGAACAGGCAGGGGGCCCUGCCCGGCCACAUCCAGCCAGACCCCACGCUGACCAUGUAUCAGGGGCCUAGAGGUGGAUUUCUUAGCUAUCCUUGGCUUUCAGAGCCAGCCUGGCUCUGCCCCCUCCCCUAUGGGCUGUCUCCUAAGGCCCAUUUGAGAAGCUGAGGCUAGUUCCAGAAAACCUCUCCCGACCCCUGCCUGUUGGCAGGCCCACUCCCCAGCCCCAGCCCCUUCCAUGGUACUGUAGCAGGGGAAUGCCCUCCCCCUCCUCGUGCCUUCUUUGUAUAUAGGCUUCUCACGGCGACCAAUAAACAGCUCCUAGUUUGUA